AUGUCGACUGUACACGUUGAUAACAUUUCUACGAAGACGACGCAGGAUGAGAUCAAAUCGUUCUUUAGCUUCUGCGGCAAGAUCUCGGACAUCUCAGUGAAGCCCACCGACGAGAACUCACAGUCCGCCACCGUCACCUUCGAGAAGGCCGCCGCCGCGAAGACAGCCCUUUUACUGGAUAACACCCAGCUAGGGCCCAACUCGGUGCAUGUCACCGCCUCCAAGUCCAUCGACGAGCUCGCUGGUGACAAGGCCGCGUCGGCCGAGGAGGCUAAGGAUGGCGACCACCACAUCGAGCAGGAGGAGAAGCCCCGCGCCCGCAUCGUCGCCGAGUACCUCGCGCACGGCUACACCAUCUCAGACAAGGCAAUCGAGCAGGCGCUCGCAUUGGACAAGCAGCACGGCAUCAGCACGCGCUUCACUAAUGUUCUCUCCAAUUUCGAACAGCGUUUCCAGGCCACGCAGAAGGCGCAGGCUGUUGACACGAAGCUUGGUGUUUCGGACAAGGUCGCCGCCGGCUGGCGUGGGCUCACCUCGUACUUCGAUAAAGCUGCUGGCACACCUACCGGGCAGAAGCUGAGGCAGUUUUACGAGACGGGCAACAAGACUGUGCUUGACGUUCACAACGAGGCCCGCCACCUGGCCGACCUGAAGAAGCAGGGCGGUAAUGGGGGUAUGUAUCCACCUGAUAUUGUCUGUCUCCUAGAGAACAUUUUACUGACUCGCGAAGUAGGCGACAAGUCAUCUUCCGAAGAAGCUACCCAACAUCAGAUUGCCGAGUCCACCAAGACCUAG